AUUUACCCAUGAGCCACAUGAGAUUUCUUCAGGAGAGAACAGCUUCAUUGGCCAGGAAUUGAGUGUGGGCAGAGAUUCACCUUUUGUGUUGGAAGACAGUGGAAGUGACCAUCUGGCUUACAUUCCAAGCCAAAUGUUUAUGCCACAGAAAUUAACAACUAAAUAUGAAAAAGAUCAGGAUUCUGAAGAAAUUGCAAGUCUCACUCCUGGACAAGAAAGCCAUGGCAGAAAAGAAGAACCAGGUCUUACUUAUGAACUCAGAGAUGCCUCUCUUCAAGAAUAUUACAUGGAUGUGGCUUUUCUCAUAGAUGCUUCCCAAAGAAUAGGAAAUGAUGAGUUUAAGGAAGUGAAAGAUUUUAUCACCUCAGUGAUUGAUUACUUUCACUUGGCCCCAGAUCCACUGAUCUCCAUCUUGGGAGACAGAGUGGCAGUCCUGACCUACUCUCCUCCAGGCUAUAUGCCCAACACAGAAGAAAGCCCCAUCUACCUAGAAUUUGAUUUGGUUACUUAUAACAAUAUACACCAAAUGAAACAUCAUCUCCAAGACUCCCUUCAACAGCUCAAUGGAGAUGUUUUUAUUGGCCAUGCCCUACAGUGGACAAUUGACAAUGUCUUUGUAGGAACCCCCAACCUGAGGAAAAACAAAGUUAUCUUUGUUAUAUCUGCUGGUGAAACCAACCCUUUAGACAGGGGAGUCUUAAGAAAUGUAUCUCUGAGAGCCAAGUGUCAGGGCUACUCCAUAUUUGUGUUUUCCUUUGGUCCUCUACACAAUGACAAGGAAUUAGAAGAAUUAGCCAGCCACCCACUGGAUCAUCACUUAGUCCAGCUUGGUCGAACCCACAAACCAGAUUUGAACUAUAUCGUCAAAUUUGUCAAGCCAUUUGUUCAUUCAGUCAGACGUGCCAUCAACAAAUAUCCCCCUGCAGAUAUGAGACCCAAAUGUGUUAACAUCACCUCUCCCAACCCAGAGAAUGGUGGCACAGAAAACAUUGUAUUCCUUCUUCCUGAGGUAUAUGAAAUAGAGAUGGAGAACAUCUCCAUCUCUAUUUGGCCUUUGGGUGAAUUAGAUUCCCAGCAGCAGCAUUUCUUUGAAUUAGGGAACGGUCAGAGUAACAGUUCUGGGACCACCACUGAUUUGAUCCAGAGGUUAUACAUGCUCUUUUCAACUUUUCUGAUGAUGAACAGGGAAGAGGCACAUUCAGAAGAAAUUACAGCUCCAGCAAAUGUCAGACGAGAUGAAAAAUGUAACCUGAGUGCAUUAGAGUUGACAACUUUGAAAUACCCUUGUUUGUUUGGAUUUUCCCUGGUAGAAGAUGAGCAAUGA